GCGAAAUUUGAGAUUUUGACGAGGUCGUAGGUGGGAUUCCGUCCGUUAAUCCUGUAUGUAAAUCGCAGCCAAUAGAUGCUGUUGUUGAGCGGGGCUGGGAUUAGCAGGAGGCGAAUGAGUUUCAAUUUUACUGGAUUACAGAACAAAGAAAGGGGAAAGGGACACCCUGCUCUGUUAAAGCAAAGAAAUAAGAAAUAAACUCAAGGGCAAGAGAGGCAGAUUACAGACACAGAGACAAACCCACGGUGCAAUGUUUGGGAUUACGACCAUUUAGCGGAUGGUUCGGAUUGGAUUUGCGAUCCUCUCUGAUGGAUUAAAACGGGGAAUAAACCUAUUCCGGGAUUGACGGCUGCAACAAGGGCAUUAAUCGUUAAAUUAAGAAGCAUGGCUCAGAUGAGGAAGCUGGCAUGCGAUGGCCUCAGGACAAACUCCCGGAGUGAAUCUCACGUUCCGCUGGUGUCGGCCAGGCAGGAGAUCCUCACCAGCCUGGUGUCAGCCCUCGACUCGGUGUGCAUGGCGAUGUCGAAGCUCAACGCCGAGGUGGCGUGUGUCACCGUACAUGAGGACAGUGUGAUUGCCGUCGGUACAGAAAAGGGCAGAGUGUUCCUAAACUCCAGGAGGGAAAUCCAAACAGACUUCUACAAGUUCUGUCGGGCGUCGUGUCUGCAGGCGCUGACGGCAGCGAGUGCACAUACCAAAGACCAGGAAGGCGAUCACAGCAAAGUGAGUCAAGACGGUGAACACGGCAAACUGCAAGCACCAUCAGAUGUCCAAUCCAAUAUCUUUGUCCUGAGGAAGAUGGUGGAAGAAGUCUUCACUGUACUUUACAGUGAGGCUUUGGGAAAGAGCAGUCUGGUCCCGGUGCCUUACGAGUGGAUCCAGAAGGACCCCGGCUGUGUGGUGGCCCACGGCCUCCCUGAGGGCGUCGCCCUGAAGAAGCCCUCUGAAUAUGACACCAAGACGCUGAUGAAGAUUCUGGAGCAAAGUCACCGCAUCCAGUUCUCAGUUAAAAGGCCAGCAGAAGAUUUGGCAAGAGAAGCAAAGUCCGGUGCAGACGUCAAUCACAGCUCUUCCACUGCAGUCAUAACGCCGAGCAGCCACGUCCCUGGGAAGACCACCACCCAGGCUGUCACGUCUUCAAGUCCCGCCACUUCCAGCAACUCUGUUCUGUCAAACUUCCUCUACGGCAUGCCCAUGUCUUCUAAGCCGCUCCCCGAUGGAAAGCUGGACUUUAAACCCAUGUCCCUUCUCAACCUGGGCAAGGACAGACCGGGGACCUGGGCCGCAGACAAGUCCACGCCUGUCAAAGACGCCGUGACCAGUGAUGACACGUCAAGACCACCUGGUGAGCAGGGACAGAGUCCCCCCGGCAUCCACAUCUCAAAGAGGCUGCUGUUUUCCAUCGUGCAUGAAAAGUCAGAAAAAUGGGACUCAUUCAUUCGGGAAACAGAAGACAUCAACACGUUACGAGAAUGUGUUCAAAUUUUGUUCAACAGCAGAUACGCCGAGGCGCUGGGUUUGGAUCACAUGGUGCCUGUACCCUACCGUAAAAUCGCCUGUGACCCCGGGGCUGUAGAAAUCAUUGGCAUCCCAGAUCAGAUCCCCUUCAAGAGGCCCUGCACUUAUGGAGUGCCCAAACUCAAACGGAUCCUGGACGAACGUCACGGAAUCCGCUUCAUAGUCAAACGAAUGUUUGAUGAAAGGAUAUUCACUGCUGCUGGUAAGAUUGGAAGGGAGGAUGGAAAACAUGACCUGAGCUCCACACCUGAAGAUGGCCUCCAUGACAGUCUAAGCAUCCCGCCAACCUCAGCUGAGCUGUUCAUCAAUCCUCACUGCAGCAGAUCAGCAAGCGCUUGUGUGAGUCCUUUAGCCGACUGUGAAGCAGGUCCUUCCGGGGACUGCGCUCCCGUGAAAAGAAUUAAAGCAGAACCUCCAGAUGGGGAAAUCAUUCAAGUGACGGUGCCGGAUGCCACGUCAAGUGGGGAGGAGCCCGGCGAGUCAGCGGCUGAGCCCGUUGUGACUACAGCGUGUCCACCUACGGCGUCGCCCGCCACUCCUUCUGCUCCGGCUGCACCGCCCGCUCCUCCAGCUUCCACCGCUCCUCAUCACCCGAUGGACAACCACACAGCUGAAGCUCUUCCUCCCAGUGCAGCUGUCCACAGCGUCAGAUCUUCUGAAGCAGGGAGCCUCGUGGAGGACAUUGGUGAAAUGAUUCUUCAGCUGAGGCGGCAAGUGGAAAGUCUCUUCAGCAUCAAGUACGCUGAAGCUCUGGGCCUCCCUGAACCAGCCACAGUUCCCUACUCCAGGUUCCAGAUGUACCCAGAGGAUCUGUACGUCACCGGACUACCAGAGGGAAUCUCCCUCAGGAGGCCGAACUGUUUUGGAGGCGCCAAACUGCGCAAGAUUCUGUCUGCCAGCAGUCAGAUUCAAUUUGUCAUCAAGAGACCCGAGCUGUUAACGGAACAAGUUAAACAGGAGCCGCCUUCCGUGCCUGCUGGGGACUCAGAGCUGGACACCAAGGACACAGCAACAGCACCGGAGGAUCCUGCAGCUGUAUCCAAAAGACCUGGAUUCUCAGAGGGCUUGGAGUCCAAGCUGUCCAGGAUUGACCUGGCCAACACACUGCGGGAGCAGGUCCAAGACCUGUUCAACCGCAAGUAUGGCGAGGCAUUGGGCAUCAAGUACCCGGUCCAAGUGCCUUAUAAGAGGAUCAAGAACAAUCCAGACUCGGUCAUUAUUGAGGGCCUCCCCCCCGGCAUCCCCUUCAGGAAACCCUGCACCUUUGGAUCCCAAAACCUGGAGAGGAUCCUCGCAGUCGCUGACAAAAUCAGCUUCACAAUCACCAGACCUUUUCAAGGACUCAUUCCUAAACCAGCACCUCGACGUGUCACUUUGCUAAAGAAGGCCUACGCAACGAUAAGUGAUGACGACGACAUUAGUCGCGUUGGGGAGAAAGUCAUCCUCCGAGAACAAGUCAAGGAACUGUUCAACAAGAAAUAUGGUGAGGCUCUAGGAUUGGACCGCUCAGUCCUGGUCCCAUACAAACUAAUCCGCAGCAGUCCAGAGUCAGUAGAAGUUAGCGGCCUUCCAGACGACGUUUCCUUCCGAAACCCCAACAGCUAUGACCCGGCAUGUCUGGAGAAAAUCCUUCAAGCCGCCGACAAAAUAGCCAUCAGCAUCAAGAGCCAGCUCCAACCAUUUGCAGAAAUCUGUAGUCAAGCCUGUAACACAGCAGGAAUGGACACUUUGACCAAUCGGCGGAAACGUAAAAGAGUUCAGGAAAGCAGUCGACUCCCGAUUUCAUCUGACCUCGGAGUAUCAGCUAAUCAGAUUCCAGUCAUGCAGUGGCCCAUGUACAUGGUGGACUACAGCAGCGUCAACUUCCAGGUCCCCGGCAAAGUCAAUUACUGACAGACAAAAUGUUUGUCAAACUGACACUAAACGUCUUGACGAUGGAGCAAACAGCAGAUCGUACGCCAUCAAAACAGCGCGGGUGGGGGCGGGGGCCUGGCCUGUUUUCAUAAAGCUGUGUGCGCUCCUGCUUUCUGUCCACUCGCUGGCAUCAUGACCGAGUCUCUAAUGGCGGUCUGGUUGAAUAUUCAGAUCUUUGUACCUUUUAUUUAUUUAACUCUAACAUUAUGUGCAGGGAUGUAAAAUAGAUCGCAUCAACACGAACACACCAGUCACCAAACACGUAUCCACAGAAACUGCAUCAUCAGCAAUGAAGUGUCUUAAUUGCAGGGACGAGACCUUCAGGAGACUUUUUUUUUUUUUUUUUUACAUAUUUACAGUGUAGAAAACGUUAAACGUCAGCCUGAAUGUAUUGUGUAAAGAGCGGUAUUCUGCGAAGACUAUGGACUAACCGUAUUUAAUAUGCUGUACCUUAACGCCAUCUACGCCUUUCAAAUAAAAUGUGUUGCCUUGCA